UGUAACAUCAUAAGUAAAUUUCUAGGUAGAUGAUAUUUUUGCCACAUUUGGUUCAUGUCUGAGUCACCAAACUACAUAGAGAUUUAUUACCUCGUCAGACCAAGAAUCUAGUUCAAUGAGUAUCAGCACAGAUGCAAAUAGUUAUGUAAAUGAUAGUUCAGUUGAAUUGGCAUGGGCUAUAAAAGCUUAUGAACAUGCUGAAACAUAUUUUAAUUUGAUCUCCUCCCUUGAUUGUUCAGACCUAAAUUUCACAGGUCAUGACAAUGAAAUCUAUGAGAAAUACAAGUCAGAAAUGGAUACCAUUAAGAUUGAUGUCUUAAACAUUGAUGAAUUAAAGAGUAGUGAAUCAAAAGAAAAAUGGAGACCUUUCUGUGAAAGCUUUAAAGGUGUAAUUGAGGAUUAUAAUUUCGGAACAUUACUUCGACUUGAUGCAACAAAAGGAAUAUCUGACGAUAAUACUACAUUAGUACCAAGAAUCCAGUUCUGGGCCAUUGAGAUUGCAAGGAAUCGUGAAGGACUGAAUCGUCAUUUAAUAACUAAUCAGACAAAUAGAUGACUUUUUGCCUUUUUUUAUACAAAAUAUGACAAAACCCUGUUUUAUAAAUUCUUACUAGAUGAUCAAUAACUAACAACUCGUUUUUUUACUGAAA